AUGAGCAAUCUCAAGCGAAAGGCUGCUCCCGGUGGGCAACCUCCAGCUAAAUCGGCCAAAAAUACCAAGGAAGGCCGACCUUCAAAAACAGAUGGCUCUGCAACUGCCAAAUCAAAACCAGCCAAGCCUACCAAGGCCAAAGAGAGCGACGACCGCCCCAAAGCCCCGGCUGUCUCCCUUCUGAAGAAUGAAGAGCCUAUUUUCCCGAGAGGCGGCGGAAGUGUCCUUACGCCAUUGGAACAAAAACAAAUUCAGCUUGAGGCCAAGGCGGAUGCUCGACGAGAGGAGGAGUUCGACACCAGCGGCGGAAAGGCUCAGAAGAAGCAGAAAAAGAAGAAGAUUUCCACAAAGGGAGACAAGAAGGGGUCGGACAAGAAAGAUUCUGAAGAUUCUGUCAAAGUCGAAAGUCUCAAUUUCAAGAAACUUGUCAAAGGCUCUUUGGUGCUCGCCCAAAUCACACGAAUCAAUAACCUGGAUCUCGAAGUCGCUCUUCCCAACAAUCUCACUGGCCAUGUGUCAAUUGUUGCAGUUUCCGAGCAAUUGACGAGCCGCGUUCAAGAGGCCGCCGCUGAGCAGGACGAUGAGGACGAAUCCUCCGACGAAACCGACGUUGAUCUGAAGUCCAUGUUUGUCGUGGGCCAGUACCUUCGAGUAUAUGUAGUAUCUACCAUGGACGAGUCAGCAAUCGGCAAAAAUAAGAAGAAGAUUGAGCUUUCUUUGCGACCCUCUGAGACGAACUCGGGCCUAACGAAGGACGACGUUGUCGCAAACUGCACCGUCAUGGCUUCCGUCAUCAGUGUCGAAGAUCGUGGCUGCGUCAUGGAUCUUGGUGUCCCCGACCUUCGAGCCUUUCUGCCCAAUGCAGAAAUUGACUCAGCAAUUGACCAAGGUCGUCUCCAAGAGGGGUCUGUUUUUCUUUGUCAGGUUACUGGCAAGGGCUCCAACGGCAACGUUGCUCAACUGUCCCUUCAGCAAAAGAAACUUGGUAGCAUUAAAGAUGUGCCUGCAGAGGCUACAACUAUCAACACAUUUCUUCCCGGCACUACUGCACACGUGUUGAUCACCAACACGGACAAACGUGGUCUUGCUGGCAAGGUUCUGGGACACCUGGAUGUGACUGCGGAUCUUGUUCAUUCUGGUGCAGGCCCUAAUGGAACUGAUCUGGAGGCUACCUACAAGAUCGGAUCGAAGGUCAAAGCUAGAGUUAUUUGCAACUUCCCCACUGCCAAGGAACCGAAGCUCGGUAUCUCCUUGCUUCCUCACAUCACGUCACUUUCUCGCAAACACCCGGCCAAAGACAGCAACAAACUUCCUACGGACGCCCUUCCCGUCUCCUCAUUAGUUGAGAAGUGCACAGUCCGGCAUGUUGAGAGUGAGAUUGGUCUCUUUGUGGACACCGGAAUCCCCGGCCUGAGUGGUUUCGUUCACAUCUCUCGCGUCAAGGACGGCAAAGUCGAUGCCUUGUACGAGUCAAGCGGGCCAUACCAAGUUGGUUCCGUCCACAAAGGUCGAGUCGCUGGCUAUAGCGAACUCGAUGGCCAAUUCCAAUUGUCCUUUGCGAAGAGCAUCCUCGAUCAGGAGUAUAUUCGUGUUGAAGAUGUCCCUGUUGGCGCCGUCAUCACCUGUGAAAUUGAGAAGCUUGUCAUCAAGGAAGAGGGCGUUAAUGGACUGAUCCUCAAAAUUGCUGAAGGUAUCACCGGCUACGUUGCUGAGCGUCACUUGUCUGAUAUCAAGCUGCAACAUCCUGAAAAGAAAUUCCGCGAGGGCAUGAAGGUCAAGGCUCGGGUUCUGUCGACCAACCCGUCUAAGAAACGAAUUCGAUUUACGCUCAAAAAGACCCUGGUCAACUCGGAUGCCCCUGUCGUCAAAGCUUAUGAAGAUGCCAUUGUCGGCAUGCAAACACCUGGAACUAUCAUCAAGAUUCAAUCCAACGGCGCCCACAUCCAAUUUUACGGCAACCUGAGAGGAUUUUUGCCCGUCUCUGAAAUGAGCGAAGCCUACAUUCGCGAUCCCACUGAGCACUUCCGAAUCGGCCAAGUUGUCAACGUGCACGUUCUUGAUGUUGAUCCGGAGCAACGCCGACUCAUCGUUUCGUGCAAGGAUCCAGGCGCCUUUGGUCUGGACAAACAGGCUGCGCUCAAGAAUCUUAAGAUUGGAGAGUUGGUCAACGCAAGGGUGACCCAAAAGACGGAAGACCAGGUCUUCGUAGAGCUGGAGGACAGCAAACUCAAGGCUAUUCUCCCUGUUGGCCACCUCACAGACAAGUCUACUUCCAAGAACCAGUUUGCUCUGAAACGGAUUGGCGCUGGACAGACUCUCUCUAAUCUUAUGGUGAUUGACAAGAAUGAGAAGCGGCGUGCUAUCAUUCUUACUCAGAAACCCAGCCUCAUCAACGGUGGCAAAGAAGGCAAAUUGCUUUCGAACUUUGAGGACGCCAAGCAGGGUGCCAUUGUCCCUGGCUUCGUGAGAAAUAUUACCCAGACAGCUGUGUUCGUUCAAUUUGCUGGUAGCCUCCAUGCUCUCCUGCCGAAGUCUCGACUGCCAACAGAGGCACAAUCUAAACCAAACUUUGGCAUGCACAUGUAUGAGUCCAUCGAGGUAAAGAUCGUUUCCGUCAUUGACGAUCUGCGCCGCAUUAUGGUUGCUCCUGCAUCAGAGGCUUCUGACGAGAAGGCUGCGAAACAGUCAACAGGAAAGGGCUUCGCUCCUGCAGAUGGUCUCGAAUUCGGAACAGUCGCCACGGCCACCAUCACAUCAGUCAAGGAGACUCAGUUAAACGUUCAACUAGUUGGCGCCGGAGUCCAGGGUCGAGUGGAUGUCUCACAAAUCUUUGACAAAUGGGAAGACAUUGUUGAUCCGAAAGAACCGCUUGACAAGUUUAACAGAAAGCAGAAAAUCAAAGUCAAGGUUAUUGGCGUUCAUGAUGCCAAGGACCAUCGCUUCUUGCCCUUCUCUCACAGAUCAGCUCAUUCUGUUCUUGAACUAACUGCCAAGAGCAGCGACAUCGAGGCAGAAAACCCGACUCCUCUCUCCCUCGAGUCUCUCAAGGUUGGGGACUCCCACAUCGCCUACGUCAACAACGUCACGCCUCAGUUCCUUUGGGUUAACCUCUCGCCCAACGUUCGCGGCAGAGUUUCGGUCAUGGAAGCUUCGGACGACCUCUCCCUUUUGAACGACUUGGAAUCGAACUUUCCCAUUGGCUCCGCACUCAAAGUUCGGGUCAAAUCUGUCGAUACCAAGAACAACCAUCUCGACUUGACCGCCCGCUCCUCAGUCGAAUCCCAGGGUAUCGAUUGGACGUCGCUGAAGCAAAAUAUGGUUUUGCCUGGUAAAAUUACCAAAGUCAACGAGCGUCAGAUCAUGGUGAAGCUGAGUGAGAUUGUCUCUGGACCAGUGCAUCUGCCCGACAUGGCAGACAACUACGACGAUAUCAAUACCACCAACUACAAGAAGAACCAAAUCGUACGAGUCUCUAUUGUUGAAGUGGAUACCAACAACAAGCGUUUGCGGUUGUCGUUGCGUCCCUCGCGAAUCAUGAGUUCGACUCUUCCUGUGGCGGACAAGGAGAUCACAAACUUGUCACAAAUUGCCACGGGCGACAUUGUCCGUGGAUUCGUCAAGAAUGUAUCUGACAAGGGUCUAUUUGUUGUUCUCGGCGGCUAUAUCACUGCUAUGGUUAAGAUUGCCAACCUUUCAGAUAGAUUCUUGAAGGAUUGGAAAGAUCAGUUCCAGGUUGACCAACUUGUCAAAGGUCGCGUCCUUGCCGUCGAUACCACUGUAAAGCAGGUUGAAUUGAGUUUGAAGGCUUCCACGGUUGACGAAGACUAUACGCCGCCAGUUACGUACAACGAUAUCAAAGAGGGCUCAGUCGUCACCGGAAAGGUGCGAAAGGUGGAGGAGUUUGGAGCUUUUAUUCUUGUCGACAACUCGACAAAUGUGAGCGGUCUCUGUCAUCGCAGUCAAAUGGCUGAUACGGCCGUCAAGGAUGCGACCAAACUCUACAAAGAGGGCGACGCGGUCAAGGCGGUUGUUUUGGAGGUUGACGCCGCAAAGCGACGAAUCAGCUUUGGUCUCAAGCCGUCAUUGUUUGACGAGGAUACUGACAUGGACUCGGACGAUUCUGAUGCCGGGGGUGUUCAACUCGGUGGUGACGAUGAUGACGACGAUGAUGAUGAGGAGAUGACAGCUGAAGAGCAAGCUUUGCUCCAAAAGCUUUUGGGUAACGGUGAUGAUGACGAAGAUGAAGACGAAGACGAGGAGGAUGACGAAGAGGAUGAUGAAGAAGACGAAGAGGAUGGCGAUGAGGAUGAAGAUGAAGAAAUGGGAGACGCACCAAGCAAGAAACCUGGGGGUCUGGGUCUUGGCAAGAAAUCUGCCUGGUCAGCCAACCCAUUCGAGGAUUCUGCUUCCGAUUCUGGGGAUGAGGAACAAGAACAAGAGGAAAGUGACAAGAAGAAGAAGAAGCGCAGAAAGGGCGAGAUUGAGGUCGACCGAACAGCCGAGCUUGAUGCCCACGGCCCUCAAACGUCUAGCGAUUACGAACGAUUGUUGUUGGGUCAGCCAGACUCAUCAGAACUUUGGAUCGCGUACAUGGCGUUCCAGAUGCAAGUGAGCGAGCUUCCAAAGGCGAGAGAAGUGGCUGAGCGAGCCAUCAAGAGCAUCAACAUUCGCGAGGAGGCGGAGAAGCUCAACGUUUGGGUCGCGUAUCUCAACUUGGAAGUUGCGUAUGGUACCAAGCAGACUGUGGAAGAGGUAUUCAAACGAGCUUGUCAGUACAAUGACGAGCAGGAGGUCCACGAGCGACUGGCGAGUAUCUAUAUCCAGUCUGAGAAGCUCAAGGCCGCCGACGCUUUGUUCGAGACCAUGUUGAAGAAGUUUGGUGCCAAAGCACCCAGUGUGUGGACAAACUAUGCUCACUUCCUCUCCGUGACAAAGAAUGAGCCAGACCGCGCUAGGGCAUUGCUGCCACGAGCGACACAACAGCUUCCCACCCAUCACAGCCAAAACAUCAUCGGCCGCUUCGCAGCGCUGGAAUUCCGCUCGCCAAAUGGUGAACCGGAGCGUGGGCGAACAAUGUUUGAAGGAUUGCUGGCUACCUGGCCAAAGAAGGGUGAUUUGUGGAGUCAAUUGCUUGAUCUGGAGAUGGGCGUUGCUGGUGCUGAUGCUACGGCUGUGCGAGAUGUAUUUGAGCGGCGUACGCGCGUGAAGGGCCUCAAGCCCAACCAGGCAGAGAAGUGGUUCCGCAGAUGGGCUGCCUGGGAGGAGAAACUCGAUCCCAAGGGCAAGGAUAAGGUCAUGGCUAAGGCUCAGGAUUGGGCGGCGUUGUACAAGGCGAAGAAGGAGGCGGAGGCUGCUGAACAAGGGGAUGAGGAGAUGGAAGAGUAA